ACUCCCUUCUAACUUGGGUUCUCUCAUAGACUCACACAGUGGCUACUUCGGUCGCUGAAAACAAAUGGGCACGGUUUCAAUCUCACCAUUCUCAGCUCUACACUCACUCUCUGCCCCAAAAGGUUACCAUUCCUUUGCAAUUUUGAGCUCUUUCAAGCAUUUCACGGCCAAAGAAAAUAGCCAUCAAUUACAAUUGCUUCAUAACACCAAUGUUUUGAAAGCGUAUAGUAUGAGGAGGGGAAGCUUCUGCUUCCAUGGUGCUGAGAAGCACUCAAAGUUGAGAAAUUUUUUGGUUGAGUCAAACCCAACAUCUUCAUCUUCAUUACAGACCCACCUGAGAACGUGGGAAGAUCCUGACGAUGGCAGCGGCAGUGAAGAUGAGGAAGAAACAGAAGAACAUAACUUGGGUUUCCAAAGUGAAUGGGAAGAAGAAGGAGAAGAAGAGAAAGGUGCUCCAGCUGCUGCUUCUGUUGACAGGUCCACAACAAACAAGUAUGAAGAGGAACUUGUGAAAGCUUCUACUGCAAUCGUAGCCAAAAAGGAAGCUGUUAUUAGUCAUCUUCUAAGAAAAGGUGCAAGUCCUCAUAUCAGAGAUGGGGAUGGUGUUACGCCACUUCAUUAUGCAGUACAAGUAGGCACCAAGCGGAUUGUCAAGUUAUUGAUCAAAUAUAAAGUUGAUGUCAAUGUUGCAGAUAAUGAUGGAUGGACUCCGUUGCAUAUUGCUGUACAAAGUAGAAAUAGAGAUAUUGCAAAAAUUUUGUUAGUCAAUGGUGCAGAUAAGAGUAGAAGAAAUAAGGAUGGCAGAACUCCCCUAGAUCUUGGCUUAUGUUACGGGAAAGACUUUAAGUCCUAUGACCUCACCAAGCUACUGAAGAUAGUGCCAAUGGACAGAGAGUUUUAGAAUACACAGUCGAUUGUGUGUUUUUUGUAUUUAUAUGUUCAAAAAUCCUGCAUCCAAGAUGGCUUUAUCAACUAAUUAUUCCGACUUUAUCUCGUUGUUUAGAUCUGGGGGGAAACUGAAAAUACAUGGAUGCAAUAUUUUGGGGCAGAGAGAACGCAAAAAGAAGCUUAUUGGUUGAAUGCAUUGUAAAUAGA